AUGGAAUAUAAAAUACCGUCAUGGGUUUUCAUGAAAUUAAUCUUCAAUUCUACACUCUACAUACGAAAUUGCAUAAAUUACGAGUUCGACAAAGUGGGAAACGACUGGGUUAUGCUGAAGGGUUUCUUUCAAAAGCAAAAUGACAUUUGUGUCAACAUCUUAUUUAAACUCAAUGAAGACUUAAAAAGCCCUUCAAUAAUCUGUCGUAAGUAA